ACAGCUGAUCAAAGCAAAUUUGUUUGUUUACUUGCAGGAAACCAAAAUAAUUUCUCGGUAAAAAUUGAAAAUUAUUGUUUUAUCUACAAAUAAAAAUGUCUGAAGAUAUAGUAUUUGAUUUUUUACAUGCUGAAAUUGUAAACUAUUGUUUAGAAGACAAUAAGGAAAACGAUUUUUCUACAUUGGAAUACAUAGGAUUUACAGCAGGUUUCCGUUUAAUAGAGCGCUUAACUCGUGAUGUGCCACGAUUUAAAGAUGAAUUGGAAACUAUAAAAUUUAUUUGCACUGAUUUUUGGACUAUAAUUUACAAAAAACAAGUGGAUAAUUUAAGGACAAAUAAUCAGGGAAUGUAUGUAGUGCAAGAUAAAGCAUUUCGUUUUUUGACCCGUAUAUCACCGGGUACCAAACAAUUGGAACAUGCUCCCAAGUUUGUGGCCUUUACUUGUGGUUUGGUUAGAGGAGCUUUAAGUAAUCUUGGUAUUAAUAGCACUGUUACAGCCGAAGUGCAAUCAAUUCCAGCUUGUAAAUUUCAUAUAGAAGUUAGUAGAGCUUAAUAAACAUAAAAAAAUAGUUA